GCUUGUGCGCGCAGAGCAUUGCGGCUCGGAGCGGCGCCAUUUUGGGAGCGAGGCGAGCGGGGCAGUUUGGAUUACAGAGGGAGUCCUGGAUGUUUGCAGCCUUUUGCUUCAGCUGCUAGGGAGAAAAAAAAGGUGGAAACGUACCUGCAGCAGCUGCUUCUCGUGAAAGGGGAGAAAUAUCGGACACUGUUUUGGGAUUACUUGUCCAGGUGCUUCCUCCUGAAACAAACAGUAGGCAUCUGAGAAGUGAAUUGGAAGUUUGAAGUCGUGAGCUUUUUCUUUUUAGCACUGCCGAGCACCUCACCCUUAGAUGCUUUUGUCCACAUGGCAUGGAUACAUGGCUAAAUUUAUCAAAUUCUGAAUACUUUGGCUGUCAAAAUAAAGUGCUUUCUUGCUUUUAGAUACUUUUUUCUUCUAGGCAACAUUCUGUCUGAGUCAUAGGCAUAAGCAGUUUUGUUAACUGGCUCCAGGUUAAAUGCAGCCUGAGUCACUGUGUAGACAUUGCUGAAAAGUUUCAUGGCAGAUAUUUUUCCCCUUAUCUUAUUUUUUAGAUUUUUUGACAUAGCCUUCUGUCAUUUUGCAGUGAGACCUAUUUUCUAAAUGAAGAAUCUAAUAGAUGGGUUUUUAUCAUUUUUUCUUUUGUAUUUUAUUUAAUAUUUUUGUUGAAAAAUGUUGUUCCCAAUAAGCAGUAUGGAGGUAUCCAGAUAGCUGUUGUUUACAAAUGCCUCUGUUACCCGAAGCUAGCAGAUGUUCCACAGUUCAGAUGUGAAAUUUGGAUUUUCAGCUUCACAGUUUGUGCUGUAAAAAGUGUAUUUAUUUCACCUGGAGCUGAUGCUUCUUAUAGUGAUAUGUACAUGGAAUAGACAAGAGAAGAAGCUGUCAGAGACAAAAAAAGCUUUUUAAGACAGAGAGUUGGCAAAUUUUGGAGAUAGCCUUGUGGAAUCUGUAAGCAAGAAGGAUGGGUGGCUGAUUUCUGUGAGGUCAAAUCUACGUCAAAGAGCAACGAAUGUAGUAUCAACGAGAACUGGGGAUAUUAUCUCAAGGAAAACAAACUGGAAAAAUAUAAAUCACACAGUACCUAACACCUUGCAUAGUCCUCUUGGAUUAGGUUUGCAUUCAACUGAAUUGCUACUGCCUCAAAGAAAAUUAAGAUGGACAGAAGAACUUAAUUCAAAAGGACUUGCCAUGAGGUGUUGAAGCCUUGUUUCAUUGAUUCGGAGCCUGGACCUAAAUGGCGCAGCAUGACUUUGCUCCAGCCUGGCUUAAUUUUCCUACUCCACCAUCAUCAACAAAGUCAUCACUGAACUUUGAGAAACAUUCGGAAAAUUUUCCGUGGACUGAGAAUCGUUAUGAAGCAAAUCGCAGAAGACACAACUCUUCAGAUGGGUUUGAUCCUAACAUUGGACGGCCUAAUGGAGGGCAUUUUGGGUGGAAAGAGAAGAAUGGUUGGCGUUCACAAGGCAGAAAUGGUACAGAAAAUAUAUACCAUCGUGGGGGAUACCAUGGUGGAGGUUCCCGCGCUCGUACCAGCACUUUCCACUGUGGAAAAGGCCAAGGACUGCAUGAAAACAGUGUACCUGAUAAUGAAAUUGGGAAAAAGGAAGACAAAGAAGUACCCAAACAGUUUGAGGCUGAGGAUUUUCCAUCUUUGAACCCUGAAUGUGAGAGGGAGCCAAACCAGAAUAAAUCUUUAGCUGCAGGUGUGUGGGAGUAUCCUUUAAAUCCUAAAUCUAGAUCUCCGAGAAUGCUGGUCAUUAAAAAGGGCAGUACAAAAGAAUUACAGAUAUCUGGAUUCCCAGUAGGAGGAAGUCUUCAUUCACAACCAGUAAGAAAUGGAACUGGCACAAGUGUUUAUAAAGGAUUAGUCCCUAAACCUGUCACUCCACCUGCAAAGCCUACACAGUGGAAAAGCCAAGCAAAAGAAAAUAAACUUGGGAAUCCAUUUCCUCAUGAAUCUGCAUAUGGUGUUGGCAAUUUCAGUCCUUUCAAAUCAACUGCCAAGGCAUUUGCUGUAUCACAGAAUCCAGUGAAAGAGUGUAAUCGGUCAAAUUCUUCAUCCCCUGUUGACAAAGUUGGUCAGCCUCGUUUAACAAAAUUGACAAGAAUGCGGACUGAUAAGAAGAGUGAAUUUUUGAAAGCACUGAAACAAGAUAGAGUGGAAGAGGAACAUGAAGACAAGAAUUGUGCUGGGCAAGAGAAGAAUGAUGAGUCCUUUAACUUGCAUAAUAGCAACAGUCCUCAUCAUGAGAGAGAUAUAAACCGAAACUUUGAAAAUGAAAAUCUGCAGGAGAAUGGCAAUGCUUCAGUUACAUCUCAACAGAUUGUUCAGUCUUCAGCUUUCCCUCAGGCAGAUGUUCUUUCAAGCUCACUUGAGGCAGAGCAUAGGUUGUUAAAGGAGAUGGGCUGGCAGGAAUACAGUGAAAAUGAUGAAACAUGUGCUCCACUAACAGAGGAUGAGAUGAGGGAGUUCCAAGUCAUUAGUGAACAGUUACAAAAAAAUGGCCUUCGGAAAAACGGCAUUUUGAAAAAUGGCCUCGUCUAUAAUUUUAAAUUUAGUCCUUGGAAAAACAGCACUUUCAAACCUGCUCUGGAGAAUGAGGAUUCUGAGACGAGCAGCAGUGAUACAUCAGAUGAUGAUGAUGUGUGAAGACUUCUGUAACAUCUGUAGAAGCCUGUUUUGAUCUCAUGAGAAUUUGGGGAUGUGUUGUCCAAAAAAAAUUUUCUAAUUUAUGUAGUAACAUACCCACUAGAGAAAGAAUGAUGACACUUUUCUCUGAAGAAAGCAAGGAAUGUUGUGCUGGACGUGUUGAACCUUGCUAUAAUUUCUUUGUAAACGAAUGUUGUAGAAUGAGGACUUGGGUUGACCCGGCAUUGACUUUCUUCAUCACUGAAGCAUUUCUGACUAGCAAUGUGACAAUGUAACAAAUCAGACUUUCUCGUUUAAUAAUAAAAAAAAGGAAUUGUGUAAUGUCUUGCAAAGCUUCUGUCUUAAAAUGUCCAAGUCUAUAAGGAAAGAAAGGGCAGCUUGACACAGUGUUUUGCUUGCCACAUCAUUUCUUUCUUACAAUGGAAAUACUUGACUCCACUUUGUAUGCAAAAAGAGCAAUGUAGCAUGUUGGCUAAAAUGAGCAAAGUGCACUAAAACUCUUUUCCUUAAUUGAGCUGUUGUAGUGUUCUACUUCUUCCACAACCAACUGCUCUUUAGCCAUUUGUAGUGUAGUUGUCGUUAUUAACGGCAAAAGACCCUGACGUUACAGUUCCAAAUUUCUAGAACUAACCUUUAAAUGGAAAGCUUCAUGGGGUAUUGCAGGGCCCCGUAUUCUCACAGUGAACACAUUUCUUGUGGGAAAAUAAGCACUUUGAUUUUACUAUUCACAUGCAAAAAAAUAAUUACAGACUGGAUUUGUCCACUACAUAGAAAAUAAACUGAUUUACAGAGUAUUGUCUCAG